UGGUAGUUUAUCGGGGGAGGAGGGAGGGAGAGAAAGGGUGAGGCAGCAGGUAGGGGGCGGGACAGGGCGUCGCUCGGGGGCGGGAACGAGUGCUUGAGAGGGAGAGUAAUCCGGCGACGGAUCGACCCUCUUGGCGUUCGCUUCUGUCCGGGAAUUCCAGGAUUCUCCGACCGAUCGCUCCCGGUUUAGGCAGCCCCGAUCGCCCCCUCGCUGGCAGUCCGGCGUGACUCUGAGAGAGAGAGAGAGAGAGAUAGGAGAGAGCGGGGGUUUGCUUUUUGUUGCUUAUUUAUUUAUUUUUUAUCUGAGGUGAGAAAUAUUCGCAUUUUCCGUGCGAUGAGGGGAAAAGGUGGUGCCUUGGCGGUUCUUCACGGCACGGAUGCCGAGGUUUCUUAGGUCCCUUGCCUUAUGCCGUAAUCCAUUCGAAAUCCGAAUUUUGGAUUUAAAUGCGAGGGGUGUCAACUCGCUGCUGCGUACAGCAAGGACGAGGAGGAGUUUUUCGGCGACGGGUGAGAGGAAACUUUGCAUGAGGCGUUUUGGAUCUCUGGAAAUUCCGAUCGCGCAUUCUUUCGUCUCGUAGCCAAUUUUUGCGCGUCCGAUUGAAUAUUGAAAGUGCUGGAUCGGCGGUGAGGAAAGGCUGGUUUAUCAUUUAGUUUGGCAUUUUGACAAGUGCAGAAUGCCAUCUGAAGGAGCCGAGCGAAGUUGUUACCUGAAUCGUUUUGAUCCCAAGCAAAAAAUGGAGCAAAUGUUUUCAUCCUCUCCAUUUGCUUCAUCCAUUACGUCGUCUUUGUUUUCUACAGAAAUCCACCUCCCGGCAGAGAGGCAAGUUGGUUUCUGGAAGCACGAGACUGCAGCAGGCCAACAUGGAAUUGAUGUUACACCACUCUUUCAAGGCAACAAUGCUGUCGUUUCUGCUCCUCUUGGAAGUUUUGGACUUAGUGGAGUGCAGUCAAUUUCUGCUCCUCUUGGAAGUUUUGGACUUAGUGGAGUGCAGUCAUUGGACUGUUUACAACAAUCUGAGCCUAAUCGUAUCAAAGAGCUUAAGGUCAACCAUGUCCUUGAAAAGAAUGCUAUUGGAUCUGAAAGAUCUGCAGUUUUAUCAGCUGCCUCUUGGAGAAAUGUGGAGUGGGAGUUGGGUCCUCAACAAAGCAUCUGUGCAAAGCCUGCAACUUUAUCUAUGGCAGGUAACAAGGCUGACAUGAGCAGGCCACAAUAUGAGAAUGGGCUCUUCUCCAGCUUUUUAUCAGAGGCUCUUGAAAAGAAAUUAAGAAUAUCACCUCUGGUUGAUGCAUCGGGCCACUCUAUUGAUACUGCUAUUUCUUGUUUUGAUGGAGACGAGGCUUUUGAAUCCAUUGAGGAGAUAGAGGCACAGACUAUUGGAAAUCUCCUCCCUGAUGACGAUGAACUGUUUUCUGGAGUUGUUGAUGAGAGUGAUUACAUUGCGCGAACGAAUACUAGUGACGAAAUGGAGGAUUUUGAUUUAUUCAGCAGUGUUGGUGGUAUGGAACUAGAAGCUGAUGAUGCAUUGGGUUGUGACCAUAACAACAAAGACCCUGAUCUUGUUGGUGCUAAUCCAAAUAGCCUGCAGGUAGGAUCAAACGGGUCCUUUCCUGGUGAACAUCCUUAUGGAGAGCAUCCUUCUAGAACCUUAUUUGUUCGGAACAUUAACAGUAACGUAGAGGACACUGAGCUACGGGCUCUUUUUGAGCAAUAUGGAGAUAUUCGUGCACUUUACACUGCUUGCAAGCAUCGUGGAUUUGUUAUGAUUUCUUACUAUGACAUAAGAUCAGCAAGAAAUGCUAUGCGGGCACUUCAGAACAAGCCACUCAGGCGUCGGAAGCUUGAUAUACACUUUUCUAUUCCGAAGGACAAUCCUUCAGAGAAAGAUGUAAAUCAGGGUACACUUGUGGUGUUCAAUCUCGAUUCUUCUGUCUCAAAUGAUUAUCUUCGCCAGAUUUUUGGUGCCUAUGGGGAAAUUAAGGAGAUUCGUGAAACACCUCACAAGCAUCAUCAUAAGUUUAUCGAAUUUUACGAUGUUAGAGCAGCUGAAGCAGCUCUAAGAGCAUUGAAUAGGAGUGAUAUUGCAGGGAAACGAAUAAAGCUAGAGCCAAGUCGUCCAGGCGGGGCAAGACGGUGCUUGAUGCAACAGUUAUCUCACGAUUUGGAGCUUGGGGAUGCCAAUUUGCUUAGACAGCAGGGAAGCCCUUUAAAUACCUCGCCCCUGAGUUGCUAUGGAUCACAUUCACACAGGUCAAUCCCCAUAAGCAGUCCUGAGCAUGGAGCUAUCCAAGAUCAUAAUUCAGCCACUUGUCCAACUGUGAAUCAGUUUGUUGACUCUGCAUUGCAAGGAUUUUCUUCCCCAGAUAUUGUGCCAGGGCUAUCUCCUUCAGUGAGAGUUUCAUCUAUUGGUAAUAAUGGCAGCCAGUCUAGCCUGGGGGAGCCUAAUCACUCUGUGGGGCGCAUGUUUGGUUUACAAGUUAUGCCAGGUUUUCACGCUCAUUCACUUCCUGAACAUGAUAUCAGCAACUCUAUGCCAUAUAAUUCCCCUAGCACCAUGUCAGCGAUGACCACAAAUAUGAUUCCAAGGCAUGUUGAAGGGCUUCAGAGCAGGCAUAUACCUAGGAUUGGACCUAAUGAAUUCCAAAGCCAUUCAUUUGAAAGUGUCUAUGGGGGCUCAGGGAAUGGCGCUUGCGCUAUGCAUGGACACCAUCUUAUGUGGGCCAAUCCCAACUCUUACCAACCAUCUGCUGGAAGCCACAUGAUGUGGGCAAAUUCACCAUCAUUUGUUAAUGCUGUCCAUGGUUGUCACCAACCACAUCUGCAUGGUUUUGCUAGUGGCCAAGCCCAUCUAGUCAACACAUUAUUACCUUCACAUCACCCCCAUGUGGGCUCAGCUCCAACAUCUCUUUGGGAUCGACGACAUGGUUUUUCUGGGGAUCCUGCUGAAUUGACAGGACUUAUUCCUGGAUCUGUUCGAAGGAUUGGCUAUUCUGGAAGCAAUGGGUUGCAUCCAUUGGAAAUUUCUGCUCCAAACAUGUUUUCCCAUAUAGGAAAAAAUGGUUUAGAUUCUUUGCUUUCAGCUGGUAAUGUGGGAUUACCUUCUCCUCAGCAUAGAUGCCAAAUGUUUCCUAAUGGAAACCAAAUGAUCUCUGUGCCACCGCCACCAUUUGAAAGUCCCAAUGAACGGAUGAGGGGACGGAGGAGUGACUCAAGCAAUCAAACUGACAACAAAAAACAGUAUGAAUUGGAUAUUGACCGCAUAAUACGUGGUGAAGACACAAGAACAACGCUUAUGAUCAAGAACAUUCCCAACAAGUACACUUCUAAAAUGCUCUUGGCUGCAAUUGAUGAACACCAUCGAGGAACUUAUGACUUCAUCUACUUGCCCAUUGAUUUUAAGAAUAAGUGCAACGUCGGCUAUGCUUUUAUCAAUAUGACUGAUGCAUUACACAUUGUCUCAUUUUAUGAGGCAUUUAAUGGUAAAAAGUGGGAGAAAUUCAACAGUGAGAAGGUAGCAUCUCUUGCAUACGCACGGAUUCAGGGAAAGGCAGCUCUAAUUGCUCAUUUUCAGAAUUCAAGCUUGAUGAACGAGGAUAAGCGUUGUAGACCUAUUCUUUUCCAUACUGAAGGCCCAAAUGCAGGAGAUCAGGAGCCGUUUCCGAUGGGUGUAAAUGUGCGGGCAAGGUCUGGAAAACCUCGUACCAGUGUAAGUGAUGAGAAUCAAGGAAGUCCAUCAACUUCUCCAACCAGAGAGGUUGCGUCCAAUGCAACCAACUCUUCUGCUGGUUCAACAAGUGAUGGAGAAUGAGCAGCUGUUGUAACUAACUUAGAAAUGAAAACCGGGUUAAAGAAAAAAUCUGGUCUUUUUUGUCCUAAAAGCAAACCCCUAUAACAACCCCACUUCCCCCAGUCUUCCUCCAAAAAACAAAACAAAAAAAAAGAGCUGUCAGAGUUCAUCUGGAUAAUGGUGCAGAACCAGAAGUUUUGGGAACUACCGCUGUCCUAAUGACUACUUUAUUUUUGUCUGUUUUGGGCUUUCGGUCUUUCGUAAUUGUAAUUGAGGCUAUGCAAGUGUACAAGGUGAAGCCUGCGUUUUUGAAUGGGCACGAGAGAUGUACAGGAGUUCGAGCGAGAGGGCUAUUUUUGGGUACAACUGAAGGCUUCUCUAAGUUGUCUGUUUUCCUUCAAUUUUGGCAGUGUGGAUCGAUUUGGUUCUUUUUCGAGUGAGUGCCAUCCUAAUUUAGCGAAGGAGAUGGCUGUUGUACUUGUAUGAUCCGUUAAGCAAAUGCUGGAAUUGUGGGGAGAUUAGUCCUCUGCAAAUUUAUGCGCAACUUUGUGCUGCUGAGUAUUUACUCUUCUGUAUACCUUUUUCUUCUGCUGUCGUGCUUUUGCGUCCUGUAUGAGUAAAUAAAUAUGUGCUUUUUCCGUCGAAGUAUGUACUUUUUUGUUUU